UUCUUCGCAAUAAUACACGCACUCAACUUCACAAGGAGAUCACUCAAAAUCUUUCUCCACAGACCCAAAUCAAGCAGCUUGUAUUUCUUUCCUCAUCAAAGUUUAUACGAAGCUUAUUAAGCAUGGCAGAGAAAGAUGAUCAACCACUUCAAGCCGAAACAUACGACCUAGAGUCUGCAUCGUCAGCUGAUCACGAGUCCAAUGCCAAAGAGUUGCAACACAAGAAACGCAUGAGAAGAUUGGGAGGUGUCACUGCCAUUGUAGUGCUCCUGACAGUAGUUAUAUUGGUGUUUCCGCAAACCGUAAUGCGUAUCAAAGGCCCGGAACUCCGAAUUCGCUCCGUCGCCAUUGAAGAUCUCACCAUCAGCAACUCAGACACGAAUUCUCCUUCACUUAGCAUGAAAUUCGACUCAGAAAUCGGCGUCAAGAACACGAACUUCGGAGAGUUCAAGUUUGACGAGAGCUCAAUUACGUUUGUUUACAAGGGGACUGAGGUUGGUGACGCUUCUGUCGAGAAGGGAAAGGCCAAAGCUCGAUCAACGAAGAAGAUGAACGUGACGGCCGAAGUAAACGCGAAUUCGAACUUGGCUAAUGAUGUGAGAUCGGGGUUUUUGACACUGACCAGCCAGUCCAAGCUAAACGGGAAAGUGCAUUUGAUGAAGGUGAUAAAGAAGAAGAAAACUGCUGAGAUGAACUGCACUAUCACCAUUAAUUUGGAAAACAAAGUGGUACAAGAUUUCAAGUGCAAAUCGAACUCAAAUUAACUAAAAUAACUAAUAAAAUCUUGUUCGAGUGAGUGAUUAUAUGGGUUUUGUUUACUUGUAAAGGGUAAGGGUGGACUGAUUUUUACUGUAUUCGCUGCUCGCAGCUUCCUGUCCGUGUACUUGGUUAAUUUGUUUUCGUGGUGAUACGUUUUUCAAUCAUUUAUCCAAACAACAUUUAAAUUAUUCAAUUCUUCAUCUAUAUAUAUCAACCAUAUACCAAUUUAUGGGAUUAAUCUU